UACCAGAAGGCAUACAGGAUUCUCAAGGAGCUGGGCAGGAUGCUGUUCGGUGUCCAGGACAUUGCAUUGUUGGAACAUGGGUGCAAGGCCUUGGAGGUGGACAGUUACAAGUCCUUGAUGAUUCUGGGGAUCCCAGAAGAUUGCAACCACGAGGAAUUUGAAGAGAUCAUACGGGUGCCCCUCAAACCUCUGGGCAAGUUCGAGGUGGCUGGGAAAGCUUUUCUGGAGGAACAGAGAACCAAGGCAGCCAUCAUUAGGCUGGCCGAGGAGCUGGAUCACGACGUGGUGCCCCGGGAGAUCCGAGGCAAAGGCGGGGUGUGGAAAGUGGUCUUCAUGCCCCCGAGGCAGGACAUUGAAUUCCUGACCAAGCUCAACCUGUUUCUGCAGAGUGAGGGGAGGACUGUGGAAGACGUGGCCAGGGUCCUGAGGCAGGAGCUGUGCCCCACGGUGACCGAUCUCAGGCAGCCGCCCCCAGCAAGGCAGUGCUGCCCACCACUGCCGCCUCGUGCCAGCCCAGAAGCUGGGGCCACCGCCAGGGUGGACGAGGGGGAAAAGGACAGCAAGGCCGGAGAAUGCAGGAGGAACAAGAAGAAACCUAAGAAGAACCGUCGUCGGCACCAGGCCACUGACAAGAAGCAGUGA